AUGCAGCACCAGGUCCACCAAAGAAUGCAGAUGUUCCAGUUGCCAGCCUCCAUGGACAGAUCGGCAAGACGGUCUGUUGUGCGGACGCCAGACAAAAGGAAGCGAUGGGCAGAUGUGCAGACAUCAGUACCACUCGAAGCUGGCAGCCACUCUUCCCUUGACGCUAUCGAUGCUGGGAUACACCAGAACGUGAGGCUGCCACAACAUCGAUCCUCUGUCACUUUUUGUGCCGAAGAUAAGCCAGAAUGUCAUUGGCGAAGUAUUUCGCUAGGAAGAUGA